GGACGAUUAUUCUGAGUGACGGCCCUUGCACGCGCUUCUGAGCGGUUAUCAUGGGCUUCAUUGCCUUUCUGAAGACCCAGUUCAUAGUUCACCUCCUCAUCGGGUUUGUCUUUGUUGUGAGUGGACUGAUCAUUAACUUCAUUCAACUAUGCACACUAGUCCUCUGGCCCAUAAACAAGCAGUUUUAUCGCCGAGUAAACUGUCGCCUUGCCUAUUCGCUAUGGAGCCAGUUGGUCAUGCUGCUGGAAUGGUGGUCAGGCACAGAGUGCACCUUGUUCUCCGACGAGGCCACGGUGAACACCUUUGGGAAAGAGCACGUCAUCAUCAUCUUGAAUCAUAACUUUGAAAUCGACUUCCUGUGCGGCUGGACUAUGACGGAGCGUUUCGGAGUGCUGGGGAGUUCCAAAGUUCUUGCUAAGAGAGAGCUACUAUAUGUGCCCCUAAUUGGCUGGACGUGGUACUUCCUUGAGAUUGUUUUCUGCAAAAGGAAAUGGGAAGAGGACAGAGACACGGUUAUUGAAGGAUUAAAACGUUUGGCUGAUUAUCCGGAAUAUAUGUGGUUUCUCCUGUACUGUGAAGGAACCCGUUUUACAGAGACCAAGCAUCGUAUCAGUAUGGAGGUGGCCGAGUCCAAGGGGUUGCCCAAACUGAAAUACCACCUGUUGCCCAGAACCAAAGGUUUCACCACUGCUGUCCAGUGUCUCAGGGGAACAGUUUCAGCAGUGUAUGAUGUAACACUGAAUUUCAGAGGAAACAAGAAUCCGUCUUUAUUAGGAAUUCUUUAUGGAAAGAAAUACGAAGCAGAUAUGUGUGUAAGGAGGUUUCCUCUGGAAGAUAUCCCUCAAGAUGAAAAGGAAGCUGCAAACUGGCUUCAUAAGCUUUACCAGGAAAAGGAUGCUCUGCAAGAGAUGUAUAAUCAGGAAGGCAUAUUUCCUGGCCAGCAGUUUAAACCUCCUAGGAGACCAUGGACUCUCCUAAACUUCCUUUUUUGGGCCACAGUUCUCCUCUCUCCUCUCUUCACAUUUGGCUUUGGAGUUUUUGCAAGUGGAUCACCUCUCCUUAUCCUUGCAUUCCUGGGACUUGUUGGAGCAG